AUCAGCAAAAUGGGAUUAAAUAAUCGUGAUAAGCAGGCUAAGCUCAAAACCCAAAGUCUGCUAGAUUCGGAGCGUACCGGACAGCAGACGGUGACAACGGUGACCGUCGAUCACGGUACGGUUGCCCUACCACUAGAAUCGAUGGCAGCCGUCAGCUCAUCGACUACGAGCAACAGCAGUUCCUCGUUCCAGCAAUCGUCCUCCACGUCCUCUUCGACCAAGACCCACUCCGGGGCGGAAAAGUUUCAUAAGUCCACCGAAGGUCGGACCAGUGAAGUGCGUGAGUUAGGCUCGAAAAAAGAUGGACAAAAGUUCAGCACCGUCAGCAGUGUGCGCAGUGAGGCGAGCAAAUCGAAACAGAUCGAUAACAUCAUCGAAGAGAUACAUCAUAUCGCUAGUGAUACGAUCGGUACGACCGCAAUGAUCGGUGCAUCCAGUGCCGGGCUGGAGCUGCCGACAAAGGUAACGCAGAAAACCGUUUUCGUCGGCGGCGGUGGUAGUGAAAGUGGCCGAAAGGAAUCGUUCGUUAGUGGCAACGUGUCGGGAGGUUUAUCUACUGACGCUAGUCAGCAAGCGAUAUCGACCAUCGGUCCGAGCAAGAUCGAGAUCUCCAAAAUGGCUCUUGAGAGCAGUGCGCUAAGCAGUGUUUCUAGCAGCAGUACCAGCAAAGUCAUGCAAAGUAGCAGUGCCAUAACGAAGCAGGAACAGUCCCACCAACAGUUCUCACACGGUACGGUGGGUAGUGAAAAACAUGUGUCGGAAUCUAGUGUAGCAACCUCUAGCAGCUCCGAAAAGGCUGAGUCCAAAUCGAGCAAAACCAUCCUCGACACAAGCUCGUCUACAAGCACGAGCAAAUCAAGGUCCACAGCACAGAGCAACACGGCGCAGUCCUCCGUAUCGGAAACAUUCCACACGUCGUCUACUCAGCUCGGUGAGAAUGUUCGAUCAUCGCUGUCCUCUACUGCUACCGGACGACAGAACGGUGUGCUGUCGGUCGAUGGAAAACACUCAUCGACAGCACAGCACCUGCCCGAUCAUUCCACAUUCGAUCAGAAAUCAUUCCAGCUCGUGGAUGCAGAUGGCAAAACUCGCCAGCAAGUUGACAGCCAAAGGUUUUCGAUGGCACACACCCAAGCACCGACCACCAAGAUUGAGUACGAUGCGGCUGGCAAUCAGGUCACAAGCACAUCCGCGUCAUAUCAGGCAGCACAGGGCUACAGUACUUCAUCCUUCCAAAGCUCCGGAGAUGUUGACACGCAGUCCACUGCUGGAAAGCUUACGGAUACGGAUGGCAAGUCCCGUCCACAGGGUAGCAAGCAUAGUCAGGUGGUGUACGAUGCUGCGGGUAAUCGGAUCACGAGCACCUCAUCAUCGUACCAAGCCGCACAAGGUUACAGUUCCUCGUCUUUCCACAUCACCGAAGGUGUUGAGCAAAAGUCAACGAACGAUACCUUGUCAUCUACGAAUACGAGCACCACAAAACGAGCACAAAACGUUGCCUCUUCCAAGGACAUGCAGUCCUCUACCACUACAAAGGAUAUCGUUAUCGAUUCAACAACACUGGACAACUACUCCGGACAGCAAUCCAACAAUAUGCUAACGAAAACGGAAUCAGCACAUACCGUAGCUAGCCUUUCGUCGGCGCACGAUUCGCUGGCCAAUACCAUCCAGAGUACGCAGCUGAUCACGGAAUCCGCCAGCCAGGUCGAAGAACGCCGGCAGCAGCAUUCUGAAUCGAGUAAAACGAUCGAAACGUCCUCGCACUAUACCCAGAUGGACGAAGAAAGCCGUUCCCGGCGGAAGACAUCGGAGUACCGUGAGCAGCGCGAAUCGAAUGCCGCUAUUCUAAAGCGCAAGAUCUACGACGAGCAUGGCCGUCGGCUGAACUUGAUCGAUGAGAAAAUUGUACCGAAAGAUAUCGUGACGGCAGACCUGCAGGAUGAUGUGACGAACGUAACCAAAACGUCGUUUGAAGCGAAACUUUACAACCCGAAGCUUAAACGCUGGGAGCUGGUCGAUCAGAAGACGAUCCUCGAAAAGGAUAUCACCACGGACAUACCGGUGGAGAUCGUACACGAGCUCGAGGUGGAGCGUCCCGAACUGGCUAAUAUCACCACAACGAUCCAAAUGACGAAGGUGUACGACGCGAAAACGAAACAGUGGAAAACGAUCGACCACAAAAAGCAUAUCGAUGUGCUGGAAAAGAUUACCUACCUUGAGGAGAGUUCCGGACGCACGGAGCUGGACGAAUCGGAGCGAACGAAAAAUCUCAAAUCUAUGGAUAUGGUGGAUCGUGUGACGAUCAAGGAAGUAAGCGACUUGAGCGAUGAAAAACGAACCCAAACCAGUAAAACUACGAUGCGCAAGGACGAACAAACAAUACAGGAGCAGUGCAUUUGUGAAAUCUGUACCUGCGGACGUCAUAAUUGCUACAACUGUGGGGGAGGUAAUACAACAACGCAGACCAAAUCAUCUAAGUUCACCACCUCGAGCAAUUCGGAGAAUUUUUACCACCAAGAAAAUAUCUCAUCAGAACUCAAGUCUUCUGGAAGACGAGGAACAUGGACUUUAGAAGACGCAGAAGAUCAUUUAAAUCGACGAGAAUCUUACACCAUUGAGCGUAGCAGCACAACACAAGAAGUAUCCGACAGAAGACUAACAUGGACAAAGGAAGAUUUCGAAAACCUUGACGUCUCAAAGCUUAAAGCAGAAUAUGUGCGACCAAAACCUAUCAAGCACGAAGAUAAUCUCAAACCUGAAGGCGAAUUUACAGUACCCGAGCGAACAGGAUAUGUUCCUGGGGAACGCGUAAUGCCCAUUAAACAUGAUGAUAACCUACGUCCGGAAGGAGAUUUUUCUACUCCAGAGAAGCCUCAGUACAGACCAGCCGAGCGUUCGAAGCAGGUACGACCUGAGGAUAACCUCAGACCUGAAGGAGACUUCGAGAAGCCAGAGAAGCCUCAGUACAGACCAGCCGAGCGUCCGAAGCAGGUACGUCCUGAGGAUAACCUCAGACCUGAAGGAGACUUCGAGAAGCCAGAGAAGCCUCAGUACAGACCAGCCGAGCGUCCGAAGCAGAUUAAGCCAGAGGAUAACCUUCGUCCAGAGGGAGCGUUCCAGACUCCUGAACGCCCUGAAUAUCGUCCAGGAGAGCGUCCGAAGCCUGUGCGUCAUGAUGAUAACCUUCGUCCAGAGGGAGACUUCGAACGUCCCGAGAAAUCUCCCUUCCGACCAGCUGAGCGUCCGAAGCAGAUUAAGCCAGAGGAUAACCUUCGUCCAGAGGGAGCGUUCCAGACUCCUGAACGCCCUGAAUAUCGUCCAGGAGAGCGUCCGAAGCCUGUGCGUCAUGAUGAUAAUCUUCGUCCAGAGGGAGACUUCGAACGUCCCGAGAAGACUCCAUUCCGACCAGCUGAGCGUCCGAAACAGAUUAAGCCAGAGGAUAACCUUCGUCCAGAGGGAGCGUUCCAGACUCCUGAACGCCCUGAAUAUCGUCCAGGAGAGCGUCCGAAGCCUGUGCGUCAUGAUGACAACCUUCGUCCAGAGGGAGACUUCGAACGUCCCGAGAAGACUCCAUUCCGACCAGCCGAGCGUCCGAAGCAGGUACGACCUGAGGAUAACCUUCGUCCGGAGGGAGCGUUCCAGACUCCUGAACGCCCUGAAUAUCGUCCAGGAGAACGUCCGAAGCCUGUGCGUCAUGAUGAUAACCUUCGUCCAGAGGGAGACUUCGAACGUCCCGAGAAAUCUCCCUUCCGACCAGCUGAGCGUCCAAAGCAGAUUAAGCCAGAGGAUAACCUUCGUCCAGAGGGAGAAUUUCAGACACCAGAGCGGCCUGAAUAUCGUCCAGGAGAGCGUCCGAAGCCUGUGCGUCAUGAUGAUAACCUUCGUCCAGAGGGAGACUUCGAACGUCCCGAGAAAUCUCCCUUCCGACCAGCCGAGCGUCCAAAGCAGAUUAAGCCAGAGGAUAACCUUCGUCCAGAGGGAGCGUUCCAGACUCCUGAACGCCCUGAAUAUCGUCCUGGAGAGCGUCCGAAGCCUGUGCGUCAUGAUGAUAACCUUCGUCCAGAGGGAGACUUCGAACGUCCCGAGAAAUCUCCCUUCCGACCAGCUGAGCGUCCGAAGCAGGUACGACCUGAGGAUAACCUCAGACCUGAAGGAGACUUCGAGAAGCCGGAGAAGCCUCAGUACAGACCAGCCGAGCGUCCGAAGCAGAUUAAGCCAGAGGAUAAUCUUCGCACUGAGGGAGCGUUCCAGACUCCUGAACGCCCUGAAUAUCGUCCAGGAGAACGUCCGAAGCCUGUGCGUCAUGAUGAUAACCUUCGUCCAGAAGGAGACUUCGAACGUCCCGAGAAAUCUCCCUUCCGACCAGCCGAGCGUCCGAAGCAGAUUAAGCCAGAGGAUAACCUUCGUCCAGAGGGAGCGUUCCAGACUCCUGAACGCCCUGAAUAUCGUCCAGGAGAACGUCCGAAGCCUGUGCGUCAUGAUGAUAACCUUCGUCCAGAAGGAGACUUCGAACGUCCCGAGAAAUCUCCCUUCCGACCAGCCGAGCGUCCGAAGCAGGUACGACCUGAGGAUAACCUGAGACCUGAAGGAGACUUCGAGAAGCCAGAGAAGCCUCAGUACAGACCAGCCGAGCGUCCGAAGCAGAUUAAGCCAGAGGAUAAUCUUCGCACUGAGGGAGCGUUCCAGACUCCUGAACGCCCUGAAUAUCGUCCAGGAGAGCGUCCAAAGCCUGUGCGUCACGAUGACAACCUUCGUCCAGAGGGAGACUUCGAACGUCCCGAGAAGACUCCAUUCCGACCAGCCGAGCGUCCGAAGCAGGUACGACCUGAAGACAACUUAAGAACGGAAGGUUCGUUUGAAAAACCUGACAAGCCUCAGUACCGUCCAGCGGAAAGACCAAAGCAGGUGAAACCGCAGGAUAACUUGAAGCCAGAGGGAGACUUCGAACGUCCUAAACCGGCCCUGGUCGGUAAACCAGAGCGGGCUCAAAUCGUCAAGCAUGAAGAUAAUUUGCGAGUCGAGGGAAGCUUCGAACGAGUUGAAAAGACCGUAUUCGUAGCAGGUGAGCGAUCAAAACCGAUAAAACCGGACGACAAUCUGCGCCCGGAAGGAGAUUUUCUCACGCCGGAGAAACAACAAUAUCGUCCAGCAGACAGACCGAAACAGAUCAAACCUCAGGACAAUCUUCGACCAGAAGGAGAAUUUGAACGACCGCAAAAAUCUUCAGUCGGUCCAGGAGAACGACCCAAACCUAUCAAGCAUGAUGAUAAUCUACGCCCCGAAGGUUCUUUUGAAAGACCCGAAAAGGCUACUUUCAAACCGGCCGAACGACCAAAACAAAUACGUCCGGAAGAUAAUUUGCGGUCGGAGGGUGAAUUUGAGAAACCCGUGAAGCCACAGUUCCGCCCGUCCGAGCGUCCCAAGCAGGUAAAGCCGCAGGACAAUCUGCAAAUUGAAGGUGAUUACAAUACAUUCCAGGAGUACAAGGAACUCAAGCAACAGAAGGAAGCCGUAUUGAAGGAGGUGCACGAACCAACUAUCGCCGAUGGUACCGUGCUGGUGACCACACAAACGGUCACCACCAUCCUGAAAGGUGACAAGAAACAACCCACUGGCAAACAUAUCACAACCAGUGAGGUGCACGAUCACGCUACCCGUUCGGAAUCAGAAUCGUUCCGGCACAGCCAUACCCAACAGCAGCAGCACCAUACCAGUGAGCAGGUCUCUAGCUCUACUGCCAUCAAUCGAGCGCAGCACAUUGAAGCUAGCACCAACGAACGCGAUCGUACGUCCUCGCAACGAUCCACGACGAAACAUGCACAAUCGAUUCAAGACGUUUCGGGCCGAAAUAUUGCCGAAUCGAUGACCAAUCAAAACCAGUAUCACAUGGUCAAUGGAAAAACGGUUGUGAGCGGAAUGACAGAGCAGCAAAGCCACAGUCACAGCGUGAAAUCGUCAUCGUCCAGCUCGAAAGUACACCAGACUAGUUCCUCCAUGCAGCAGCAUACAUCCAGCAGCAGCAGUACCCAGGCACACCAGGACUCUCUGCAGCACGUACACCACGGAGAAACGCGCCACCUGCAUACGAAUGGCAAGCUCGCCCCGUCCGAUGGAGAAGACGGACCCGCCGGAGUACAUCGUCAUACAAGGGAGCAAGUGACUGGCUCUCAGGUUUCUUCUUCGAGCAGCAAGAUCGUCAUCGAUGGAAAGGUCGUAACGGACAAAUCUGCAUCGUCGCAGCACGCGACUGAAAAGCUUGCGAUCGAUGGUGUCGUUGUAACGGACAAGAGUUUCGUCGAAAGACAAAAGACUGGAUUCGACGGUAUGGAAAGCAUUUUGAAUGCACAGACAUCGACAGGACAGAAUGCUCAAGACACCAGUAGUAUCCAUCACGAUACGACCACAAGUUCCAUUGGCAGUCAUACCACUAGUAAAGCUCACAGCCAAACGCGAUCAUCGAACAAUAUUAUACACUCCGAAGCUACAAAUGGACAUUCAGUGGGACGACGAAGCGGCACAGGUCAAACUUCAUCCGGUCAGGCAACGGAGACACAAGUGAAGAAACUGAUCGGUGGCAAAUGGGUAACGAAGACGAUCAAAACGGAAAGCAAGGCUUUGUCUAGUGAGCAUCAGCAUCAGCACGGUUCAGAUCACGGUGAGAUCAAGAUGUCAACAGCGGAUCAAGUGGAACGUCAGCAGCAUCAAAGCAAGGUUUCGGGCGUGGAAACGCAUACACAAAAGGCAACCAGCUCCAGCUCAAUGAUCAGCAAAUCUCAAUCGAGCAGCACUAUAGUUAGCGAGAAGGCUGUACAGCGCGGAACACGUACAGGUGACACAACGAUAUCCGCUGGAUCGCCAUCGGGACAAACGGGCGCACGUGGUAGCUCCAGCAUCGUACUGGGAGAGUCUACCGUGGACAGUAGCUCUUCGAAACGGCAUCAAACGAGCACCACCAAGCUGAUCGGAGGCAAACUUGUACACGUGACCAACACAAACGACACUAAAAACAACACUCCUACCGGAGCAACAGCAGUCAAAGCUUCCUCGCUGAACGCAUCCAACGCGCAUCAUUCGUCGCUGCAAGAACAUUUGUCAUCCCAGACAGCGUCGUCUUCGGCGUCCUCGUCGAGCGUGAUGAAAUCGAGUAAAGCUGAGUCAAGCAGCAGUCACGUCACCACCAACAGCAGCUCCAUCGGCCAGCAGGCCUCAUCCCAACAGCAGCAGUACAAUCGCAAAAACACAUUCGCAUCUUCCGAAAACGUCAACAAUUCAAUCCUCUGCCGUCCGGCACAAACGUCCACAGCCACCACGACACAGUAUGCUGCUAACGGAGUCGGAGGCAUGAGCGUAUCUGGUUCGAUCCAGCGCAAGAGUAUCUCCAACCUAAACGAUAGUGCGAUGUACUCUACUACAAACCGUACUAGCUACAGUUCUUUGCACAGACGUGGCAAAGAAUCGGCCGAAUCGCGCAUGCAGGACUACGUGAAAACGCUCGAAACUGGUACGAUCACGAACCGGACGGUUCGUGGUCAACCGUGUCCGCCUCCAACGCUGGCAGGUACGGGAUUGUCCAGCCAAACAAGCACUCUGGUUUCCAGCUCAGGCAGUACAUCGGCCGCAAAUCAGAAAUCGCUUCGUGAUUACCAUUCGGCCAUGAAUGUGACGCGCAGCUCCACGAAGGCGAACGCAUCCAGCAUCUCCUUCGGGGAUGACAAGUUCCACGGUACCAGCUCCUACAAGGUGCAGUACAUCCAGCAACACGAAGGACGCUGUCCAGCUGCCGUACAUGACAAUCUAAAGCUCUCGAAGGUCACCAAACAGCACACGUACUAUGUGCGAGACAAGAAGUAG